AUGCUCCGCUCACCAACCCGUACUUCAUUCUCCCCGCCCCCGUCUCCCACUUCGCCCUCUAAAAAGUCCAGGCUAGGCAUGGCUGGUGUCGCAAAUCUCUUCAUUCGCAUCAAGCGCCUCGAAGAAAGCGCCCUCGGGAGACACAUCACCGUAAUUUCAUCCGGCGAGCCAAAGACACAGCCGUCCAUGACAGAUGCCUGCAUAGGCCACGACAAGCUCCCAGUGGAAUACGUCGACCACUUUGUCUGUGUCGGAGGCGUGAACAUCGCUCUCCUGUUGCGCGCCACUAGGUCGGCGCUCGUGGAACACAUCGAGGACUUCGGCGCAAACGGACUUAUCAAUGAGAUGUGGGAGUGCACGAUCUCAGGUCCGAAGCAGAUGCACAACGGCGCCUACAAGAUUCGGGUACGGUAUAUUGCAGACGCAGUCAAGUCCUCAGUCCCGGAUCCUCGACGACCUGUGGCUCUAGACAAGGCCAAGGGUAUCCCAGGUCUCAUGACCAUCAUCAAAAGGGGCGACGACUAA